GUAAGAAUGGGGUUUUGGGUCAGUUUGUCAGUUACAUCAAUCCCAUUCUUAUUAUGUUUAACCCAUCUUCCAUCUUGGCCGUUCUUGCUUUCUGUUGACUUUGUCAACAAAACGCUUGACUUGUCAAAAUCAAAAAUCAAUAAACAGGAAUUAUGAAUUCGAAAUACUCCAAAACCUGAGAAAUAUUCAUUAUUUUAUGACUGGAGUAAAAAACUGAUUCUAAUUGUAAUUUCUACUCUAGAAAUGGCUGAGCUGCAAAACCUCCCGCCUGGUUGGGACUGUAUAUUUGAUGAAAAAUCUGGAAAAUACUACUAUAUAAACCACUACACAAGAAUGACGACUUGGGACGAUCCAAGGUCUCGGCACAGACCUCUCCACCAUGGUACUUCAAAACAUUUUCCAGGGCCCCCGUUAGAACACAUACCAUUGCAGCAUGGAUCUCCAGAUCUGAAGAGGAACUAUGUCUAUCCAAGUCAGAGCUCACCCAGGCGUGCUUUUCAAAUACCUUCAGAUGAUAUAAAUCAUAAAUCUCUUGGUCUGCAGGAUAUGAAGCCAAAAAUCAGUUGGACUGUCAAAUCAUCCCCUAAACUCACUCAGGACACCUCAAUAUCUGUAACUACAGAAUCAGAAGACAUAGUUGCAAAGAUAGCAUUGAUGUUCCCUACUGUUCCAGAAACACAUAUUAAGAUGCUUCUCAAGAAGUACCAUGAACGCGAUGCGCUGGUGAUAAGCGCGUUGCAGGUGGAGAAGUAUCCGAUUACCACCCCGGGACCCUUCGCCACACCCCCGCCUCAAAUGAGAGGGCUGCGGGAUACUCCGCCAUUAGGUGCCACCCGCGCCACAGUUAGCUGCAGAAGUAGUCCCAGAACGCAGUCUUCGCCCAAGCUUAAGCUCAGGUAUAUGAAAUCGAUCUUCCCCACUGCCGAUGAGACUGUGAUUCUGGACGUGUUGCAAAACAACGAGAAUAGCAUACAGAAGACGGCUGAGAAUCUCACCAAGAUGGGUUUUGCAAAAAAAGAUACGGUCAAAAUUGCACAGCAGAAAAUGGAGGCUAAAAAGGAAGAAAAAAAGAAAGAAGAGGAGACCGCAGUGAAACCACUGACUCCAGUUAUGAAAGUCAAAAGUGAUGAAGAGAAGAAAAAAAUGAAAAAUGAUCUACAGGCCAAAUAUAAAGAUGUACCUCAGCAUUUAAUAACAAUUGCAUUAGAAAGUGUCAAUUUCAACGAGGACAGAGCGAAUCAAAUAUUGCAAAUUAUGAUACAGGAAGAUACCCAGAAUAGUGAAGCCAAAAAGACAGCAGAAACACAGAUCACAGUUGUAGAUGCUGGAGAAGGUUCUGCUACAAAGGCUUCAAUACCAAUAUCUCAAAGUCGACAGUCUAUAAAAUCACUGAUGAAAGCCGAAAAAGACAUGGAAAAAAUAACAUAUUGCAGGGUUGUUGAAGAAUCUGAAGGCAAUUUUGUAUCAAAAAAUUUGCUGAACACAUCUGGGCCUAACCACUCUUUAGCAAAAGGUGCAAAUGAGAAACUACUUUUGGAGGAUUAUGUCAAGUGGCAAGGGCCGAAUCCUAGCCUUCGCCGAGGAUCUUCAAACUUGGCCAAGGGGCCCAACAAGCAUUUAUUAUCCAAUAGAACCUACCAAGCUUGUGGUCCAAACAAGGAUUUGCGGAAAGGUCCGGAGUGCGGGUUGGCCAAAGGCAGCGUCUUUGCGCAACUGAAGUCGAUGGUCAUUGGAGAUUCGAGGGUGAAAUAGCAGCCUUCAUGUAUUUUGUUGUAGACAUGUUAUCUUUGAUAUCAAUAGAUCUCUGUAAGGUGAAUACAGACACAGUGUGGGUUUCCAGAAAUUUACAUGCAUAAUUUUUUGCCAUAUUGCACCUCAGAAGAUGUAGAUUCCUCCAAUAUUCAUUUGGACGUUACUUUUGGGCUCAUUGGCAUUUUAGCUCAUAUUAUUUAUAUUUUUAGGAGGAAGUGAGAACUAGAAACCAUAUGCAUUUUAUUCUUGGGUACUAAAUGUUGUACAAUUAUCAGUUUUUUUUUUGGAAGUGUGGUGGCAGUGUUGGGGCAAAAACCUUUGUAGGGGAAUACUACAAUUAGAGGAUCGAUUGAUGUGCUUAUUUACAAAAUAUUAUGUACUUAUGAAUGUCCAGAGAAACAUUUUAUUUCUUAAGUGAUAAGCAUGCAAUCAAUAUUUAAAAUUAUUUUAUGAAUUUUAUAGCAUAGCUGUGUAUUGCUUCGUGUCAAUGUUCUUGUCAUUUGGUGAAUGUGAUGUGGAGAAACAGUUUCGAGAAUAGGCCUAGACUCGCAAGUGAGAUAUCAAUGACAGAGAGGACCUUGCUUUUUUUUAAAUAUUUAAGUUUCACUGUAAAUAUUUGAAUCUCUUUUUAAAGUUUUAUUGUAUCAAGAAAAAAAUCUAUAUAAACCAGUACCUGAUUUAUUUUGCAGUAGUUUUAAAAAAUUAUCAUAGUAAAAUGUUUAUAUUAUUUUCCAUAGAUGGUAUGUACCACUGUUACCAUAGGUCAUUUUCACCUGACGUCACGUACUUGCUCUCUAUUGGUGGAGGUCAAAAAAAAAUCGACUGCCAUUUAAUUAAUCGUAAAUUAGCUCCACUAUUUUUGUGUAGCACCAUUGAAAUGUCUUCCUUUUUGCGUUGGCGAAUUAUUUAAUGAGGCAAACAGACGACAAGUAUUCCUGCCAGUCUCCAAAAUGCUGAUGAGAAACUCAAUCUUUUGUCCAAAUUGGAACGAGAUUAAUUGAUUAAAUAAAAUUGUAAAGGGGUCUCUUGAUAUAAAAACUACAAAAACACACACAAAAUUGUUCCAUGCAUUUCAUAAAAGGUAACAUCUUGAGAAAUAAAAUUGGUGAAACUAUAUCUGCUGGAGGUCCCAUUAAAUAUAUGUUUAGUUUCACCAAUUUUAUUUCUUAAGACAUGAUACCUCUUAUAAAAACUUUGGAACAAAUUCUUGCAUAUUUUUCUUUUUCUAUCAAGGGACACCUUUACAUUAAUCCAUGAAUCUCGUCCCAAUUUGAACAAAAAAUUGUUUCACACCAGUAUUUUAGAAAACAGCAGGAAUACAUGUAUUUGUUCUCUCAUUAAACAAUCGAUCCCAGAAAUGGAGGCAUUUGAAUGGCUCUUCACAAAUGAAUUGAAUAAAAGUGACAAUUUCCAAGAACUUCUCCACUAUUUAUUUACCAAGGAUUCACAAGAAAUAAGCAGAAAUAGUGGCAUUAAAUGAACUAAAUGGCAAUCCGUAUAUGGAUGUCCUCCUAAGGAUCUGUCAGUCAUGUGUUUAAAAAUGAUCAACUCAAAGAUCAUAGGGAGUGCUAAUCAGUUAUUGGCAUCAAUGACUUAUUUAACCUCCCUAUGGUGAUUGAGUAGUUUAAACAGUGGUAUGUUUAUUGGCACUCAAUCCAUAAAUAUUUCAAAUCUGGAAAAACACCUAUAAUCACCAGAAGAAAAAACCACGUGUUCUCUAGUCUACUAAACAUAUUUUAUACAAAAAAUUACAUACUUAUUGGAUGGCUGUGGAUACCUUUAAAGUGUGCCGCCCAUUUUAUCCCAUAAUAAUCCCUAAUAAGCAUUUCGAUCAAAUCUAUUUGGAAAAUACCAGCCAUUUUUGUUUGCUUUUUUGUGAUAUUUUUCUGAUCUAAAGCAGAAGCUCAGAAAGUACAGAAAAUGGCAGGUUUUGAGUAGUCCAAUUUUUCUUCCAGUUUAUCCAUUGCAGAUAUUUUUGUAAACCUUUUCAAAUGUAAUUUAAGUGUGUUCAAUAAAAUGUUCUUAGAAUC